AUGCACCGCGCAGUAGACUCAGCCGUUCGAGUGAUCAGGAAGAUGGCGGCCCCCGGAGAGGAGCCGCAGAUAUUGGUACAGUACUUGGUGUUACGAAAAGAUCUAUCACAGGCUCCGUUCUCCUGGCCGGCAGGCGCACUGGUAGCACAGGCAUGUCACGCAGCCACUGCGGCUUUGCAUCUUCACCGCAACCACCCGCAUACCGAGGCUUAUCUCCGGGAACUGGGGCGCAUGCGCAAAGUGGUCCUCGAGGCCCCUGAUGAGACCACCCUAAAGGAGCUGGCUGAGACCCUGCAGCAGAAGAGCAUUGACCACAUGCUGUGGCUUGAGCAGCCAGAGAACAUCGCCACUUGCCUUGCGCUCCGGCCGUACCCCAAGGAAGAAGUGAGCCCGUAUCUGAAAAGGUUCCGGUUGUUCAGAUGACAGUCUGAUGGCUGUCACAUGACCGGAGACCCUGGGCUGCGUGUCCCUUUCAGUGGCAGCCGCUCUUCCAUUCCAGUUUUGAUGGCUUCUUGAGAGUCCAACUCAAAUGAUCAAAUUAAAGUCAUGAAUAAGUACUUACUAUUAAUAGCAUUAAGUUCAAGCGAGGGAGUGGGUGAACAGCAAUGUUAUCUGUGGUCAUUGCCAAAUGGAAGAUUUUGAUUCCAGCAUGGAAUUCCACUUUUCUUUUUUGUUAAAAAUAAUGGAAUCCUGAUUAGCCUGGUUUAAAACUUU